UCAAGCUCUUACGUAAUGAAUAUGCGACCAUAUGGACCCACGUUGAUUACAGAUACUUGUAAGGGCGGGUUUUGAAGUCUGCUAGUACGUUAGAUAAGCCAAUGGCCCCGAUAAAUCGUAAUAUGAAAAAUCAAGGGAAGUCGUUUUCGAAAGGUAGCAAAAAGAAUGACACAAAUAGGGAACGACGCGUUUUUGCUAAAAAUAAGCGUAAAUGGGUUCCCGAGCACAAUGUCUUCGACGGUAGUAUACAAAAAGGACAGGGUUUUGCUUUUAAAAGGAAACAAAAAAUGCAGUAUGAGUACAAAAAGCUCCUCCGUAAGGAGCGGCGCACUUCGGAGACCAAAACACAGUUUCAAGAUCAGUAUCCAGACCACCUAAAGCAUCUGUACCUGGCGGAAGCCGAAAAACUGAAAAAUGAAGAGGAAAUGAACAGACUGAAAAGGAGGAAAGGCCAGGCAGCUGUUUCUGAGGAAGACUUCGCUGAAGAUGCAUCCAAGGCAUCCAGAGCCCCAGUUCAUCCAGAGCCCCCAUCUCGCCAAACGGAUGACAGUCUCCCUACAGCAGCUCAUUCAGCAUCUGUUGAACCCAGCAGUACACUGAAUAAAAAGAAAAUGAGAAGAAAGACUUCUUACCAGAAGACCCAAGAAGAAUAUGAGAAGAUGCGUGAGAAGCGAGCCAUGAAAAAAGAGGCAGCCAUGAGGAACAAAAAGCAAAGAGAAGAUGCACUGAAGAUAUACAAGGAAAAGAAACAGGAGAGAUACAAGAUCCUCAGCAGAAAGACCAGGAAAGGUCAACCCAACCUGAAUGCUCAGGUGGAAUACCUGCUUCAGAAAAUCCAGGGUGAAAACCAAUAACGGCGAAAUAAAGUGCACAACUUGUGGACUCCUAUGUGACUGUUGUACCUGAGAAAAAGCAAUACGGAUUCAACAGAAUAGCACAUGAAAGAUUAAAAUAGGUACGCUUAAGCAAGCUGAAAGAAACAGUUUUUACCCAUGAAAAGAAUUGUCAGUCUUAUAGUAAUUUAGUAUAUUUUUUAAAUACACUUGGAGUUCAAGUCAUUUAUUUUUAUGGACUUUCAUAUGGACAUUUUCUUGUUACUUAAACUGCAAGUUUCUGAAACUUUUAUUGUCAGCAGCUUACUAAGGUAUAACUUUGAGUGUAUCUUUAUUGCAUGAAUAGUAUAUAAGAUGACUAGAGAUGGAUUGAUGAAUGAAAUGCAUUAGGAAAUAGCAUAAGCAAAAUACAUCGUGACUUGCGUUCGCCGAUGAGUGUCACGGUAGCCGAGCAGAUUCGCGUUGAUGCUGAAAAUUUACCACAAGAGGGCAGUAUAUCCUACGAAAUCCAUUGGUCUUUUACAAGUUCACUGGAAUUAAGUUACGAAAGGCCACAUUUAUGAUGAUAGCUAUCUCCUAUGUUUUAAGAAUUGAAUAUUUUUUAAAUUAUAAAAUGCUUAUUUUUAUGUCUUAUUGGGAGAUUACUAUUUGCAUAUUAUCUUCAUGUUUUGAGAUGAGUCCACAGACUGUAGAACAUAAAACUUCUCUGUGGUCUGUGGUACUGCUACUCAUGUUCCGUCCUAUACCUCAAAGCUUGCCAUUGGGGGGUGGGGGGAUGUUGCUGCCUUAGGUAGGUGGGGGCUGUCAUGCGAAGGAUUGCCCUAAAAGAUCUUAUUGUAAAAUGGCUGUCCAGAAACGGAAUGAUUGUGUAUUACCCAUGGGUAAUAGACAGUUAAGUUGUGAAGUUUAGCGUGAGCAGGGGUGAGUUUCCCGAAGCGUUCUUAACGCUACGUCGUUCUUAAUUUCUGUGUUAAAAGAUAGAACGAACGAACGACGUAGCGUUAAGAAGGCUUCGGGAAACUCAACCCAGAUCAUUGCAGUAUGCAGUAAGUGAUCAUGUGAUCACCUGAUGCUGAUUGAUGUAACCGGCAAUAUUGGUGGGGUAACUUCUGCUAUAUGUACAAGUUUGACGGGUCCUGCCACUCCUGUUGCCGUUUUCUGAAACACUCUUGAAAUUACACAGGACCCAAUAAGAAACUAAAAGCUUAUUUUUCUGUGGAAUUCAGAUAUUUACCACGAAUUUUAUUUAUUUGACACAUCAGAGGACCGACAUAAAUUGUCUAGGUAAAGGCCGGGACACGCUGGAAAUGCUGUGCAUUUCAGCCCUGACGGUAUGUAUAGAUUAGCAUGUUCCUUCGCGGUUAUGUCCAGUUGCCUGGGAUGACGUGAGGACGCUGGUUGCUGCAUUUUCGCUCGCGCAGGACGUGCAGUGCGGACGCCGAUCUCCUACCGCAGCCCAGACUCGGGUGCGAGGCGCGGAUCCGCCGCAGACACACCGCGCAUGCUCUGCGCGCCCGCGUCGCUAUAGUUACAGCUAUAAAUUAAUGUAAUCGGGGACCCUCCCCCAGGCUCCAAACACACUACAUGCAGGAACAACAGUGUUUAUACGCUGGGCUCGUUCAUUCAAAGUGCUCCGGGGAUACUGCCGGGUUUAAACGCGUUCCGACGCUGGUCAUCUAACGGCGUCCUGUGGCGAUCGUUUCAUCCCGAUCUAUAAAGUUUAUAAAGUCUUGAAUUCAAACGUUUGACAUUUGCGCCACUGAAAAGUUACUGACAACUUGCGUCUUUUCGAGCAAAAGUAACGGUAAGAUCAUUUACGGCUGUUUCGCAUAUUCCUACUUGAACGUGUAUGAUAAUGUCUAGCUUUUUUCCUUAUCUCCUGUUGCUGUCAGUUAAGUGGAGAAUGGCAAGAAUAAAUGCAAUUGUGAAGUUUUAACUCA